AGCAGGCCUCCAAUGAAGCAGGUCCCCAGCGCUCCUGUGGGCAGGGAAGGUAUUGCUGCUGGAAGCCAUCCCACUCCUCAGCCUCUGUGACCUCACACUAAGACUUCUGAGGCUUCUGGCUUCUGAGGCUGCUGUCACUGUGGAACUCAGAAAGCCAUGGGGGAUGAGGAGGAGCCUAGUGCCUUUGAUUUCCCUGGGUGGCACAGGGGGCCUAGCUGUGCCUAGCCGGGCGGAUCUUAAAGAAUGCCAUGUCCCACGUGAAAAGCCCCCAACCACCACCUCUCGACUCAUUUUCCUGGUUCCUUCCGAGCCUGCUCCCUGCCUUCAACGUGGUCCUGCUGGUCAUUUUCAGUGGCCUCUUCUUUGCAUUCCCUUGCAGGUGGCUGGCCCAGAAUGGGGAGUGGGCUGUUCCCGCAGUCACCGGCCCUCUCUUCGUCCUCACCUUCUUCAGUCUCAUCUUCCUCAACUUCUCCGACCCGGGUACCUUACAUCAAGGCUCCCUGAAGGAGGAUCCCAUGUUGGUCCAUGUGGUGUGGGUGAACCACAGGGCCUUCCGCCUGCGGUGGUGCCCCAGGUGCUGCUUUCACCGCCCACCUCGGACUCACCACUGCCCUUGGUGCAACAUCUGUGUGGAGGACUUUGACCACCAUUGCAAGUGGGUCAAUAACUGCGUUGGUCACCGCAACUUCCGCUUCUUCAUGCUCCUCAUCGUGUCCCUGUGCCUCUACUCCAGCGCCCUGCUGGUCACCUCCCUGGUGUUCCUGGUGCGCACCAGCCACCUGCCCUUCAACCUGGACAAGGCCAUGGCGUAUCCUCUAUCGGUGAGCACGGCUGAGCGAUCCUACGACGGCCAGUGCAGAGACCUUCAGGGAUACAACCCCUUCAACCAGGGCUGUGCCAGGAACUGGUACCUGACACUCUGUGCACCGCUGGGACCCCGGUACAUGUCUGACGCUGUCUGGCUGCAGAGACCGGUGGGGCCCGAGGGGGUGCCCGUGCCAGCGCCAAGCCCCACGCCGUGCCCCUGCACUCGCUGUCACUCACCCUGUCCAGGGACCCUGCCCCAGCCUCUGGGUCACUGCCCAGGGGGCGGGGGGGCUGCCUCUCUCCAGGAGGCAGGGGCUUGGCUGUGUGCACUAGAACACGCGUUCCCACUGUGUCCAGCUGCCCACAGGCCCUGUGUAGCUCUGGCUGCAGGAGACCCCUGGACUGACCUCAGACUCCUGCUCCCUCUCUGUCCCCAGCAGGGCCAGGAGCACCUCACCUAGUCAUCAGCACCUGAGCCUUGUGGAGGGUCUGUGCCCACCUUGCCCACGCCCCUGGGGGGAGGGCUGAGACCACCCUGCCUGCCAUUAAAUUUAUCCCUUUUAUGCCCUACUGUGUGUCUGUCCUAGGUGUCAGGAGCUUGGGGCAGGGGUGAGGCUGUCAGGGACUGGGACACAGUCCAGGGAUCCCUGGAGACCUGAGCUCCGGACCCAGCACUGCCUGGCUCUGUGAACGUGGGCAAGACACUUAACACUUCUCCUAUUCUUAAAAUGGUGCAACAGUGUCAGGCGAGGUGGUGCUUGGCGGGAGUGAUGGGGGCUGAGAUAGAAGGAUCACCUAGAAUUCAAGGCCAUCCUGGGCUACCUAGGAGUUCAAAAUCCAGGACAGAUCCAGCCUCAGCCCUGCAGCACCCAUGUCUGGCUGCAGGGGGCGCCAGCUGCAUGGGAAUUGAUGAGCCUGGGCCUCCUGUCAUCCUGGAGACCAGUGGUGUGGGGUGCUCCCCUGCUCAGUCCAGCCCUCCAUCCUCCCUGUCUCUUCCAUCUGGCUCAGGUCCCUGCUCCUGCCGGGAAGCAGGUGCUGGUCAGGUCCUGCCCCUGAGUUGGGCCCAGGCCCUGGGAAAUCUGCAUGCUGUGGGGUGAGGGGGACGACAGGGGGGCUCACCCCAAACUGUGGCUCUGGGAACAUUGUUGCCCCCUUGAGGGCUGUCAGGUGAGCGCAGUGCCUCAUGUGCAGCACCAGGCAGUAGGUGCAGUGAAUGCUUUGAAGAUCGUGAUGUUUUCCCCCUGCGCACAGCUGGCCGCUGUUUCGGAUUUGCCGGUCCCACACUACAGGCCCAGGAUCUCGGGCCCGGGGUCGUCUGAAUGUUUACCAAGGGCCUUGUGUCAUUGCUCCCUGCCACCCUUGUGUCCAGUGGACCCAGGGCACAGGGGAGGGUGUCGCCCUGGAGGCUCUGUGUGCACCUGUGUAGUCCCUGGCUCGGCCCUGCCCAGCAGGAAGAGAGGUCCCCAGGGUCCCCGCCUCGGAUGGCCUGGACCUGGAACCUGUGGCUCGCUAGGCCUGGAUGUGAACCCCAGAAGUGCCUGUGUGAGUCGCCGCGCUGCUGGAGGGGGCCUGGGUCUCAGGGAACUGAGGAGGCCAGGCCUGGACUCUGUCCCUGCCCCGUGUCACUGGCUUCCUACCACCCGGGACAGUGCUUGAUGGCUCCUUCAAGUCCUCAGUCAGUUGAGGGGCUUCUCCUGUGAUGUCCUGGGCCUCAGUUUCCCCACUGGGCCAGCACAUGAUCUUAGACUCUCAAAAGGCUGUGACCUCUCCGAAGGCAGCCACUUCCUGCUCUGGGCUGAGGAUUCUGGGUGUCCCUGCUGCCUAACAGCCCAGGGACUUUAGAGGUUUUGGGGACAGACAGUCUGAGCCCCUGGGCACCUCCCUAAGCCCUGGGCGCCCCUCCGCCACUUUCCUGCAGGCCAGGAGCCCCCAGUUGAGGCCUUGUACACUGCCCCCUUCUCGUUUCUGAGAACCUGCUUUGGAUUCUAGCAGGGCCCCACCUCGGCCUUGAGCUGCAGAUAAGGUGGGCUGUUAUCAGGGUGCCCAGGGCCUGCCAUCCCCGUCUGGCCCCAGGCCAGGGCCACAGAGUGACCCCAGGCUGCCAAGCAGCCAGAUCCCAGCCCAUCAGCUCCUGAGUGAGGUGGGGGCCUCCUGCAGGGUCAGAGAUGAGGGGUGAGCUAGCCUGCUGUGAAGAAGUCGCUUCUCCCAGGGGGCAAAGGCCCCUGAUAGUUCAUUAUUUAUUAAUUUAUUGAUAUGGCUUU